AACACAGUGAUGGUGAAUUUCCAAAAGGGAGACAGCGUUGGGCUGAGGCUCGCAGGAGGAAAUGAUGUCGGCAUCUUCAUUGCUAGUGUUCAAGAGGGCAGUCCUGCUGAGGAAGAGGGCCUACGCAUUGGAGACCAAAUCCUAAAGGUGAACAAUGUUGAUUUUCAAGGUGUAGUGAGAGAGGAAGCAGUGCUCUUCCUGUUGGAGAUUCCUAAAGGGGAAGUGGUCACCAUCCUGGCCCAGAGCAAACCUGAUGGUAAAACUCCUCCAAAAACACCAACAGACACAGAAGCGUAAAGCGUCAGAGUUACAUAUCUCACAUUAAUAAAACAUACAGUCCCCUCCAAAAGUAUUGGAACGGUAAGGCAGAUUCCUUUGUUUUUGUUGUUCACUGAAGACAUUUGGGUUUAAGAUCAAA